ACUGAGAAAUUGGCGCCGAUCUUUCAAUUUCAGAGCUUCAACUCGAAUUCCAUUGUUUGAAGAUCGAAAAGGAAACCCUAGACUAGAAAUCUGGUCGGUCCAAGCAACUGUUCUUCAGGUUCCUCAAAUAUGGAGCUUGUUGUCGACAAAUUAAAAGGUUUUGGGACUGCAACUCAGAGUUUCUUUGAUGGCUUAGUUCAUCGCCGCGAGAAAUCAUCUCGCCGCAGUCCGAUUGAAAUCAUGAAGCGGCUACAAAGGGAAGCAUUUUCUGAUAUAAUGAGAAUCAGGGACAGACAAGACAAGGUAGAGAAGAUUUUAUCCUUUUACAAUACACAGAGGAGUAGUCCAUUCCAAGAAAACGCCACCCAUGUAAAGGGCGAGGUUCAUAUGGUGGGUGCAUUGCUAUUGAUGAGUGUUAUUGAUAAUCAUAGCUUCAAUGCACUUCGUAGAGCAGGGAUCUCAACAGGAAUUCACUCGAGAUUGACUUUUGAAACAACUGUAAGAGAGAGUGAUUCUCUUGUCGCAGAGUUUGUAGCGAAUCAGAAAGCCAUGGUGGAUUCUGGUGUCGAUUCUGGACGUGAACUUACUCUAUCUAAAGUUCUUUAUAAGGCCAAUGUGAGAGAUUGGAUGUCUGCAAUUGUUGUCCCUGUUGGAGCUCGAUGUCGGGAUGUUGCUGUACUUGCAAAUCCUUCUCAUCAGGAAAAGGGUCUUACUGAUAUUUCAUCAUAUGGACCACCCCUUUUGGAUCAGCCUAACGGUGGUGCCAUUGGUUUAACGGUCAGAAAAUCCAAUGUCACAGCUUCCAUAGCUCAAUUCAUUUCCACAGAGAGAAACCAGCCAAGUUUAGAUCGGAUUCAACAUGACCUUGGCACUUUUGGGCAACUGGUAUGUCAACUUCCAAGAGCAACAAAACUCUCGCUUCUAGGUCUUCUCGAAGUACCGAAACCAUCUAAUCUCAACCUUGGAGCUCUUACGAUUCCAGUCUGUCUGAAGACUCGACAUGAAUCUCCCGAAACAGUCGAGGCACCCGACCCCGGGAAAGCUAUUUCAAGGAGAUCCAUUGCUUUACUUCUGGAGUCGGAACUCGACGAAGCAACCAGAAUUGGAGGUUGGGUUGAGCUGAACCAAUCAAAUCCAAAACAAAUACAAUGGGCUGUAUCAAUGUCUGAUAAGAACAACAACAACAACAACGAAGAUGCAUUAGGGUGGGGAAUGAGUUUAAGUGGAAUUGUUGGCGGCCCACAAGAAAGUGAUCAGUUUAAGGCUGAAUCUUAUGUGACAUUGAAUAUGAACAAGCGAUUCAAGUUAAAGCCAGGGAUUGCAUAUGUGACAGACGGCAAUGCCAAGGCGAUGGCUCUCCUUGUUAGCUCUAAUUGGUCUCUCUGAAUUAUGUGAUUUGGUAUAUUGUUAUAACAAAUUGGCUGAAUCUGAGGGCCAUUCGGCAGAUGUUCUUCAUACAAAAUAUAUGGUAAAGUAUUGAAUUUGGCUGCA